AUGUUAAGGAUAACUGCCGUCAUCCUACUUGAUACUGAAGAAAUUGUAACUGAUAUAGAAAAUAUUACAGAUACAAUUUAUAAGGCAAUUGUAAAUGUGGAUGAUAUUGAUGAAAAUUUGGAAAGUGUUAGGUUUUAUUUCAAAAUAAAAGUUAAUUUAGAUACAUUAAUUAAUGAAAUUCCAUUAGAAAUUGAACAAGAUCAGCGUGAACAUUACAUUGCAAAUAAAAUUAGCAAACUUGUUGAGCAAGGAGAUGGCUAUGAUUAUGUAUAUCAUACCAAGACAGAUAAUUGUACAAUUAUUAAACUUAGCCACAAACAACUUCAUCAACAGCCAAAAUUUACUGGUGUAACAGAGCAGGUUAAACAAUAUAUCCGUGAACAUUUAAUACUUAAAGCAUCAGAAAUUCAUCGAGGAAUUAUAUCUAAAAGACUUGAAGGGUUUGAAAAUUUAACUGUAGAUCAG